AUGCUGCCUAAUUAUAAAGACAACCAAGUAUGCACAAAGUCCCCAGGAAACAUGGUGCGCAUGCCAAGUAUCUUUGUGGGCCACGGCUCGCCUAUGAAUGCUAUUGCAGAAAAUAGCUUGACUAAAGAAUGGCUGGCCUUGGCAAAUAAACUGCCGCGGCCCAAGGCAAUUCUGGCCAUAUCGGCGCACUGGUACAUAAACGGGUUGCAGAUCACCAGCAAUCUCAGCCCGGAAACGAUCCACGACUUCUCGGGCUUCCCCAGACCAUUGUACGAGCAGGAAUAUCCCGCGCCGGGCUCGCCUGAUUUGGUGAAACGAGUACAGAGUCUGGUGCCCGGGGUCGCUCCGAGCGACCGCUGGGGCCUGGAUCACGGAAGCUGGUCAGUUCUCAAGCACAUGUACCCCGACGCAGAUAUCCCUGUUGUCCAGCUGAGCAUCGACAAAACACGGCCCGACGCGUUCCAUUACGAAUUGGGCCGCCAGCUCGCUCCGUUGCGUGACGAGGGUGUGCUGAUUUUCUGCAGCGGAAACAUCGUGCACAACUUUGCCGAACUCGAUUGGGAAUCCAAGCUCAGCCCGACCCCGUCGGCCGCAUGGGCUCAGGACUUUGUCUCGUUUGUCAAAGAGAACCUCGCGUUCACUGGCGACAGCUCGUCGCAUCCUAUUGUCAACUGGCGUCAGCACCCGCUGGGUCCGCGGGCGAAUCCUUCUCCAGACCACAUGCUACCUCUUCUGUAUGCUAUGGGUAGCUACAACGGUUCGGAGCCUGUCUCAACCCACACAGAUUUUUGGGAGCUUGGAACACUGGCUAUGCUCAGCGUGGUUUAUGGCCAGUAG